AUGAGGCUCAGAAGUCUUCUUUGGCCAGCCUUUCUUCUUGCAGGAGUCUGAUAAGUAGUGGGGUUUUGUCAUGGAAUCUAUCCAAUACCUGUACGCCUAGCACUCAUCUGAUACACUUUGUUACCUCAUCGACAGUAAGAAACAGCUAUGAUUAUUAGAAGGAAGGGAGGAGGGCCCCGUUCUUUCUUCCGAAGAACACGAGAGCUCUCCUGUCUGGAAGUGUGUUUACUACCUAAUUUCACCUAUCCACUUUCCUCCUUCAAUUUUUCUUCUGUGGCUCUUCUGCAACCAGCAGAGGAAACACAGACUAUUAUGGGAAUCUUUCCAAAUCACUCCAGUUUCCAAAGCUUCACUGAGAUUUGCCAAGGCAUCACAAGUGGAUUUCCGAUGUGCUCCUUGUGUUUGGUUUGUGAAUCCAAAGAAGAUGUGGAUUUCAUUUCUCAGGAACAAACAUCAGAAGGUCUUAUCAUGAGGGGAUUGAUGGAAGUGAAGGCAAAUGACUUUUACUCGCCUUGCCAGCAUUUUAAUGUCACUGUUGCUCUGACAGUUGAUCCUACGAAGGACUACAACACUACUUGCACCCCUGAAACCCUUCCGGAAGAAGUCGCAGCUGUAGAAGAAGCCCCAGCCAGGGAAGAGUCUUUAAACCACACUUGUAGAAUUAUGAGAAACAUGGACAAUUGCACACACAUUUCCUUGCUCCUAGAGAUGGAUGUAAAAUCCAUUACUUGUCCCAUGAAGAUGACUUGGUACAUUUUGGUGCUGUUAGUUUUUGUGCUUGGUAUCAUCCUUCUGAUCCACAGAAUGCUUCAAGACCACAGGAGAGUGCAGAGGCGGCAGAGUCAUAAAUACAAAUCCACAUCCGUUCUCUUAAGCGGGAGUGACUCUGUGAAGUUGAGCGCUGUGGACGGCCGGGUUAUUCCAGAGUCCACUCGAGGGCUGCCCUUAACCCGGGUCAUGGACAUGCUCCCCCCAAUCCCAGAGCUUGAGGCCACUUCUGGGGUGCACCAGCAAGAUCAAUCUACACGGCUAUUCGUGGACAACCUGGACUGAAGACUUUGAAGACUGAUGAGAAUUUUAUUUUGUGAGAGAGUGGGCUGCUAACGCCUGGGUCCAGCUGAGGAGGUACUUAGGGGAUGGUGAGGAAGGAACCCUGGCUGAUGGGAACGAGCUGGAGAGUGUGUGUCUGACCCAUUGGAUCAAGGGAACAACAGUGUGUCAAGAGCUGCUGCAAGCCACGGAAAACAAGCUGACGGAGCCCAGGAGAGAGCAAGAGAGUUUACAUCUCUGCUCCAAGUCUUCGUCUUGAGGAACCAAGAAUAGCCAAAAGGGAAAAGCCUUUUUCAUCAGGUCAUGUUGCAAGUGCAGGAUCAUUUUUGUUUUUGUUUGCUUGUGUUUUCUAUACAGAUGAGUGGUUUCUAUUUGAUAAAUUACUCAAGAGGGGCUGUGUAUGGGCUCAGACGUUUAUUUGCAUGUAUAAAUCUUGCCUC